AUGGACGACAGUAGCCCCAGACGCCCCCGAGCUAGGUCCGAAGCGACCAGCCAGAGUAGACCAGAAUUGAACAGGGAGACGUCGCCGGGCUCACCGAGACGCGGCGUGAGUGAUACUGCCAACUAUGGCUCUCCCACCCGUCGUACUUCAGGCGUGGACACCACCCGAGAUGGUGGUGAAUCUGACGGGAUGCGACGCCGCAGUACUGUCCGCUCGGCGCGGACAGGCAGUUUGGCCCAGCGAACGACUCUAGCGGAGCGCACGCAGGGGCAAUUCACCAUGGGGGGCCCAGAGGACGGUCCUCAGCUGCGGCAGGCUCAUGAACCCUUCGUCCAACCGGGCUAUUCAGAUCUCAACCCCUCUUAUGAACAGCCCGCCAAUACGAAGCCCGUCUGGUCGCUCGCAAAGCCCUUGCCGCGUGUCGUGCGGGCCGGCAUGGUGCCCACCAAGGAGGAGCUGCUCGAUGCGCGGUUGCAGCCAGAGCGUCCGGCUGAAAACUCCCAGAAGCUGGGACUCGAUGUGGAUCCGAAUGACCUGGAGCAAGGCCAAAUUCCCAAGAUGGCAGACCCCCGGAAAAUGGCCGCACAGGUCGAGGAUGCCCGGCUCCAGCGGGAAAAUAACUUUGUCAAUAAAGUUCUCACGGGAGAUGUUGGUCCAUCGCGCGUAUCCCGGACGUCCUCUACUCGCCGCCGCCGCCCGUCAGUCCGGAUUGAUGCUCCGAGCGAUCAGCUUUCCACCGUGCCAGAAGGGCCGAGCGUGGUCCCCAGCGCAACAUCCGUUCCAGCUGGGGGAGGCGUACUUCAUGGUAGUGAUGAACACUGGAGCCUGUGCCAGAGCAACCGGAGGCGGACCCUGCCGUGGUGGAUGCCCUGCCCGACCUUUCGGCGCUACAUGAAUCCACACUCCCGGACGAUCUGCAUCCGCUCGUGCAGGAGCUGGUGGAAGACGAAGUACACAACAAUCAUACGACCUGGUCCGUUGUUCGCACUCACCAUCGGGAGGCGCUCGCGGAAUCCCUGGCGGUAUGGGUUCAGCUGA